GGUGCUUCUGCGUUCGAGUACGUGUGCCUGUAAAACCCCAAACCCUACGUUCUCUGUGAGCUCUGUGAGAGUUUUCCGACUGUAAAAAAUGUGUAUAAAAGGCGGGUGAUUCACACGGCUUGCUUCACACUUUUGUCUUCUGUAAAGUAGAACAACCAGAUGUUGCGCCUGAACUACCCGAUUAAUAAUCUCGAUUCGACGGACACGUUGUAUCGUCGUAUGCGUUACGAAGACUUUGUCACUGGUCACCGGCUCAUGUGUGAACAUACUGUUGUGGAAAUUGUCAGGAGCCGCGUUGACGGUCCGGGAACCCCAAACACCGACACCAUAAUGUUGGCCGCCAACUCGACGAACUGGGACGAUUUUCUUGCGCCCAACCACACGAGAUCGGAUGGCAAUGAUGACGACGGUAUAGGAACAACCACGAGAUCGGCGAGUCAGUUUGGGGAGAACAAGGAUGCGACGUGUGUAUUUGAUGCACUCAUCACGACCGCCCAAUUGGUAUCGAACCUCAUACUUUCGCAUAACGGCGUCCGAGCAAAAAAGUGUGGUGAUGUACUGCUCAAUAUUCUAGUGCCACUAAUUCAGCGUGAGAAAGAAAAGCACCUGAGUUUGCGCAAAACGAAGGGUCUUAAUGAACUUUUGACGAAUCUGGCUGAUCGAGCCAAUAUUUCAAUCAAUCUAGCGACCAUUAACUUGAAAAGAUUGAUGCAUAUCAAGCCGACGAGGGCGGCAGUAUCAUGGACGUCCCAGGAUAUCCGGAUCAGGGAGUUGUUGAGCAAACACGUCCCCACCCGGCACCGUGUCUUUACCAUCAUGUUCAUCGACGUCAAUCAGGUGACACAUAUGAAGAUGUCUUUGCGAGCCUAUAGGGAUCAUGUCAUGUACACGACGCAUCUCGAAGUCACCAAAGAAGAUAUAGAGCUUUUGAUGCGCAAACAUACCGAAGAUCCCUGGUCCAACCAAAUAAAUGCCAUCAAGUACCAUCGAGGUGGACAACUGGCGGCCAUACAUUUCAAGAAUAUAUGGCUCACCACGGAGCUUAUCAACAUACGCCUCGUCAAGAUCAAGGAGCAGUGCCUUGAAGUCCGCCUGGGGGGGCACGUAGCCCAGUUUGUGAAACUGGCAUGCGCGGACUUUCUGAGCUAG